AUGGCCGGCAGCCUACCACCGGCGGCUCCCCUUGAGCCACCAAGAAGAUUUGCAAGUUUCUUCCAAAAAGCGCUUGAUGUAGUGGUCAACAAAGAUUCUCUUAUUAAGCAGGUUAAAUUUAUUAAUGGGACUCUAACAAUGGAGUAUGAAGAUGAGGAGUUUGCGAAGUUGGUUGUGCCACACCGACUAUGUUUGGUCAGAAAGUUCUCAUAUGGCCGGCAAAAAAUGGAUGAAAUCCAUAAUGAGUUCAAGAAAAUAGCGGUAAUCUUCUCAAUGGCUAUGGCUUUGGGUAAGCCGUUGAAUGUGGAUACUCUAACCUUGAAUAUGACGAGACCUUCAGUGGCUCGUUUUUGUUUAGAGGUCGAUCUCACUAAGGAACUCGAAAAAUCGGUCAAGAUAUGGAAGAAGGGCCAUAAACAUGAGCUGAUAUUUACAUUUGAGCACGUCCCUUUCUACUGCAAAAAGUGUUGUAAGAUAGGGCACAAGGAAGUGCAUUGUCGAGUUGGGAAGCCUCCACAGAAAAAUCGAGAUGAUGGGCAAAAGGUUGAGGUCGCGCGCAAGAAUGAUGAUUCUGACCCGAAGAAGAAAGGAAUUAAAAUUCCGCGUGCAAAGCCGAGAUGGAAACAGCAGCCUAAAGGUGGUGAAGAUAGAGCAGAAAAACUGGAUCUGGAGGUGGAAAUUCUGCAAACAAACCCCUUGAUUGUGAAAUCAAUGGAGCUUCAAGACCCGUCGUUGCACCCUGCGGAAACCCUAGCGCUGCGAGUACUAGCAUCGUCGUCAGAGGCGGUUGGAUCAAUGAAGGUUGUCGCAUCAAUGCAACCAUCAAACCGAUUCAGCACGCUUCAGAAUUUGGAUGAUGAUGAUGCUGCAUUGAGAGAAGAUUUUGAUGAUGUGGAGGUUGUGUUCUCAGAGGAAAAUGCGGACCUGAGUCAGAGACCACAAGAGAUGCUGCCUGAAGUUGAUUUACAGCAAAUGUCGCUUACUCCGAAGCUAGUAAUGGAGAAAUCUCGCGAUGAUUCCUUUACCAAAAACACUCGAGAAGAGGAAGAUGAAGAUGAAACGGAGGAGGAGUUCUACUGGUCAGAAGGUGAAAUGGACGAUGCUCAUGUGGAAAGAUCAGAAAUUGGUGAAAUAAUUACAGUGAAAAGGAAGCGGGGAAGGAAAUCAAAAGAGGAAAGGGCCAAAAUGAAUGAGGGGGAAGAUUUCGCAUGGGGAGGAACAAGACGUACGGGAUGGCAUUCUGGAUCUUUUCGCUUCCAAAAUAUGUUGUGGAGAAGGGUUGAUUUUCUGAAUGUGGUGAAAGAGGAUUGGAAUAAGCCAAGUAAUAGCUUUGGCAUGCUAGGGUUUUCUUUGAAAUUGCACCGUCUUAAAGUGAAGCUCAAGGAAUGGAACAAAGUGGUUUUUGGGAAUGUUUUUGAUAAUUUAAAUGCUGUGGAGAAACAUGUUCAGGAGCUAGAAAUGAAGCCAAUCAAGAAAGAAAGGAUGGAUCUUGACUACCUGUGUGAUAGGGAGUUGGUUCAAGAAAGCUAUGAUCAAGAUGAUAAGAAUGUCAUUAACUUUGGGUUCAAACCGAAGGAGUUGAUUCACUCAUGCCAUCAAUUUGUUAGAAGUGUUGCGCAAGGAGAAGGCCUUGGUGGAUAUUUGAAUUCUUGGUGGUUAUCAGGGAAUUUUAAAAUAGCUAUUAGAAACAUAAAGAAGGUUUUGCCAUCCUUUAUUGUGUGGGAACUAUGGAAGGCGCGGAACAAGUUUUUAUUUGAAGAGGUGGAUUCUACUGUUCCAAGCAUUAUUAGAGCUGUAAAGGAACAGUUGGAUGAUAUGAUGUUAGUACAUAUGCUUGAGGCUCGCAAUGUCAUAGAGAGGGACUUUCUUCAGCGGAAUUUCCCGAAGACAACUUUUGGUCUUAAGCGCAAGAGGGUGCGUGCGGUUUCUUUGGAACGGCAGCACAAGUAUGUGCUAAACACUGAUGGUUCUUUCAAGCUUUUGUCUGUGGGCUAUGGAUUUGUAAUCCAGGGGGAGAAAGGCUUUUUUGUUUAUGAUGAGGCGGGUUUUUUGGGUAGAGCAGAUAGCCUACAAGUGGAGGUUUAUGGCCUUUUGAUAGGAGUUCGGAAGUGUGAGAACCUAGAUUUGUUUCAAUCGAAAAUCCAAACGGAUAAUCAAUUUUUGGCAAACAUUUUAGCUCUUGGGGGUCCUUUUCCAUGGAGCUUUUACUAUGAGGUGGAAGAGAUUCAUGCAAUAAUGGAAAGACAGGGUUAA